UCCCCGUCCCUCCUCGUCCCUCUCCCCGGAGCUGCGUCUCUGUCCGCCGGCGCCGCAUCAUCUGCACCCCCGACAUGGGAACCCAAAGCUGUCGUUCUUCUUCCAUCUAGACGGGAAGUCGCACCUCGCACAGUCAAGACGGGGGGCACAAUGAGCGAGGAGCCGCCGGCCUCCCCCAGCUGGCUGAGCCCUGAUCCCACGUCGUGGGCCAGCGGGGGACUGAUGGACAACAGCACUGGCCUGGGGACCUUCUCGGUGGAGGACUCCCCCCUGCCGCCCAGCCAGCUCCCACUGCUGGUCAACCCCUGGGACAUCGUGCUGUGCUCCUCCGGGACUCUCAUCGCCUGCGAGAACGCCCUGGUGGUGCUGGUGAUCUGGCAGAACCCGGCGCUCAGGGCUCCCAUGUUCCUCCUGAUCGGCAGCCUGGCCCUGGCGGACCUGCUGGCCGGCCUGGGCCUGGUCCUUCACUUCACCUGUGCCUACCUGCUUCGCUCGGACUCGGCCCAGCUGCUGACGGUGGGUCUGGUGGUGGCCUCCUUCUCGGCCUCCGUCUUCAGCCUGCUGGCCAUCACCGUCGACCGCUACCUGUCGCUGUACUACGCCCUCACCUACAACUCGGAGCGGACGGCGGCCUUCACCUACACCAUGCUGGUGCUGCUGUGGGGCCUCUCCCUGUGCCUCGGCCUGCUGCCCAUCACGGGGGUCAACUGCCUGGCCGAGGAGGCCUCCUGCAGCGUGGUGCGCCCGCUCACCAAGAACAACGUCGCCGUGCUGUCCGUCUCCUUCCUGCUGCUCUUCGGCCUCAUGCUCCAGCUCUACGUCCAGAUCUGCAAGAUCGUGAUGCGCCACGCCCACCAGAUCGCCCUCCAGCACCACUUCCUGGCCGCCACGCCCCACUACGUCACCACGCGCAAGGGCGUGUCCACCCUGGCCAUCAUCCUGGGCACGUUCGCCGCCUGCUGGAUGCCGUUCACCGUCUACUCGCUCGUCGCCGACUACACCUACCCGCCGCUGUACACGUACGCCACGCUGGUGCCGGCCACCUACAACUCGGUCAUCAACCCGGUCAUCUACGCCUUCAGGAACCAGGAGAUCCAGAAGGCCCUGUGGCUGGUGUGCUGCGGCUGCGUGCCGGCCAGGGUGGCGCACCGCGCUCGGACGCCCAGCGACGUGUGACCCCCCGCGGGCCCGGGCGAGACGAAGGGGCGCGCUGGGGCGGCUCUGCCCCUUGCUGGACCCCGUCCGGCGGCGCGAGGAGGGCAGCGGCAAAGGGCUGUGGGCGCAGCUCUGGCUGGAGCGCCGCGUCUCCCUGUCUUCCCUACUCAGGGCCAAGAAGUAGGCCACUGUAGGCGCGCCACGCCCUUAUCUUAUUUCCCCUGUUCCAAUGCGACAGCUGUAGCUUUAUCUGAUGCACCGGAAGGAUCCUGCUGGUGUGCAGCGGCUGAGCAACACUUGAAGCCCGUCUGGGGCAGCCAGCGGCAGCGACCCGGCACUCCGUUGAUGCUGCUGCUGCUGCUGCUGCUGCUGCUGCACUCUGGACGUGCGUCGAAAGCUGAGCAGCGGCGGGGAGCUAAAAAUAGACCCGGCGCUCUCUGAUCCGCUCCACAGACGCCGGGGAAGAAAUCUACCCUCUAUAUUUCUCCUCGCCUCGCCCGUUUCUCACCCCCUUACUUUCUCUCUCCUCUCUCUCUUUUUUUUUUUCUGUGCGUAAAUGCGCAACAAUAUGAAAAAGGCCCCAAGCAGACCCGCCCAAGCAUUACCUCUCUUCUGCAUUUUUGCUAGCACACAUACACACACACACACACACACACACACACACAUGCUGAACCAAAAAACAAGCCUAUCAGAUUAUAGUCGUGUCAUUCGCUUCGAUCUUUUCUUAAGUUAUCUUAAGAUCUAAAUGGGGAUCCAAAGUUAGCCAGAACAGCUAAAUUAAUUUCCGUUCGAUCCAAGCCGUUAGAUUUAAGGCAAACCCACUUUAGAUAUAAUCUGUCAUCUACGGCACAAAUGCCGUCAGUUUUAUAUGUUUCUAUCUGAAGGUUUUAUUAAAAUGAACAGGCUACCACAUGAACAUGCCUCUGGUGACAUCACAGAAGGCCAAAGGCAGCUUGUAUUAUUUCCCCCCCCCCCUCCUCUAUUAUCAUGAUUACAAUCAAAUUUCUCAAUCACAGAGGGUUGAACUCCUUGCAGCUCAAAUUCAGCUCUCAUGGUUCUGAAUCAAUGCUAAAAUCUGUCACAUCGUUUGCUAACGCCAGCUGAUCGGCUUGGUGACUUGUGCCUCUUGUGACGUCAUCAACCCAAAUACAAAGCAGUAUUGUUUUCCUCCCUUCAGCGCCUCACCCCCCCCCCUCCUUUUUUUUAAAAAGCGUUGUAUUUUGUGAAAUCCAUGUUUUUUACGACCCAGCUGUGUUUUAACCGUCUGUGAACGUUUGCUAGCAGGAAAGGAAAACGACAGCGGGCAGCCCGUUGACGCGGAGGAGUGCAUCACCGUCACCCGAGUCAUUUUGUUUAUGUGCAAAAAGUACCACGGUGUAUUUCACCGCAGCUGCAUUACAAGAGCUAAAAACUGUCCCACCAAGGUCAUGGGGAGCCACACAUUCUUUAAAAAAAA